CACGACGCUCAGGUUGCCUCCCGCCCCACGGGACUCCCACUACCGCAUUCUAGUUGGAGUCUGCAAGCCGGGACGUGUCAUUGAGUGACAGUGGCUGUGAACUGGUCGCUGAUUGGUGUACUGCGAGGCAUGCACGCGCUGACUUGGCCAAUCACCCUCUUCGUCUACUUUAUUUUUGCUAGAUGUACGACCGAGACGUUAGGCUUGGAGGACGAGUGGGCCGGGCUCCCUCAGGCGUCCUUCGCCCAGUAUCCACCUGCCCUAGACGAUACCUCUGAGGCCCAACCCCUCAGUCUGCUCUACAACAUGUAUCCCUCCGUCACCUCCGCAGACACGGUCCCCCCAAAGUCACAGGAGCUUCAAUAUAACAGUCAAGACACACCCAAGAGACUCUACUACUCCCAGCGACCUGGCAAGAGAAGCGUAGAUCUCUACGAUGACGAGGAUCCGGAGAGGCGAAUGAAGCGACAAACUCCUCAACACGACAACGAACCAACUGACGACAACGACGACAGCACUCACAGGUGGUGGUGGCCCUUCGUUGCAGUUCGUCGGUCACUAUUCUCACCUCGGUUGGGUAAACGUGGAGACGACAUCACCAAUGAAGAACUCGCUUACGACGACAACCUGGCCACCUCAGAAUACCUCCGGGACGACAAUAAUGAUUACCUGCCGGAGGAGUUGACUGAGGACGUUACAGAGAUGUCAUCACCCGAAAUGUUGAGCGAGUCAGCAGCGGCGUUAGUAGGGAAGAACAGUGUAUCGUUCAUCCCGCGCCUCGGCAAGAGAGGUGAUGGUUUCGCAUUCUCUCCAAGACUUGGCAAGCGAGGUGCCGACUUUGCCUUUUCCCCAAGGCUCGGAAGGCGGAGUGAAUUUGUUUUUUCAUCAAGGCCGGGGAAAAAAUCUGACUUUGCUUUUAGUCCAAGGCUAGGCAAGAAGGCUGAUUUCGCCUUCAGCCCUAGACUUGGCAAAAGGGCAGACUUCGCAUUUAGCCCAAGACUUGGAAAAAAGGCCGAUUUCGCCUUCAGCCCAAGACUUGGCAAAAGGGCAGACUUCGCAUUCAGUCCAAGACUUGGUAAGAAGGCCGAUUUCGCCUUCAGCCCUAGACUUGGCAAAAGGGCAGACUUCGCAUUCAGUCCAAGACUUGGAAAAAAGGCUGAUUUUGCCUUCAGUCCAAGGUUGGGCAAGAGGGAUUCGGAAGACUCCAGUGUAGAGUCACGGAACACCAAGACCCAAGCCUCUAUCCCUCGUCCCGGUCGGGCCUACUUCUCCCCAAGGCUUGGCUAAACCGUUCGACUGCAUUACUCAUAAUCUCCCAUACUUUGUUCUUCCCUUACCUGUCCAUUACCCAAAGUUAUUUAUCUUCCUAUGAAAAGAGAGAGCAGACUAUUACCAUAUUCUAUGUAACUCUGAAACAGAGACAUAAAGGCUAUACUGUAUGUUGAGCACCUGACUAUGUUGGUAAUGAAUGACCACAAGCAACUGCACUGGGAUCUUAGAGAAAGAACAAUACCCGUACUCUUGUCAGUAACCUUUUAUCUGUUGUAUGUUUGAGUCAGGACUGUCAUUUGUGUUUCAUGGAACGCAAAGAAUCAGCAUAUUGCUAAAACAAAUGAGCCAAUAAAUAUUAUCUUUAUA